AUGGUCUCUGCUCAAGUAACCAACCUGGUUAUCAUCCUUGGGAUGAUGCAGGUCUCGAAGCGGGUUCCUUUCGAUAACCCCGACGUCCUGCUCGGUGUUCGCAUCGCGUACGCCGUGUCCAACUUGCUCAUUUUGGGCGUGUAUCUCUACGUGCAAAGCGUGAUCAACCGGAAGAAGGAUAUGACCACUCUCAAAUACGUUGAGCCUGCGACCAUGGGCUCCGGCGAAGAACCCCGUCCGGUCACGACGACAGUGAUGGAGUACGACAAACAGCAGCUGCGCCAGCUGAUGAAGUCGCAGAUGAUGGGCGUUGGCAUGAUGGGCGUGAUGCACCUGUACUUCCAGUACACCAACCCGCUCCUGAUCCAGUCGAUCCUGCCGCUCAAGGGCGCCUUUGAGUCGAACCUGGUCAAGAUCCACCUGUUUGGCAAGCCGGCGACCGGCGACCUGCAGCGCCCCUUCAAGGCCGCGGCCGGGUUUAUGAACAUGGGCCAGGGCGAGAUCAAGAGCGACAAGGCAUCGAUUGAGAGCGCGGAGAAGAACUAUCGGGGUGGUGUCAAGGAGGAGUAG